AUGUCGUCACAGCUGUCGUCGCCAAAUUUCUACGAGAACCGCAUCCUUGAAAAGUAUGCUGCCUACGAGACCAAGCGCGUGACUCUGCGGCAGCUCGCCGUCUUUGGCAAGACCCUCACCGACGAAAAGCUCGUCCGCUCCGCAAACUACGUCAAGCACGAGCUCUCCGUCCGCCUGGCCCACCGCAUCCGCGACUUCCAGUCCCUGCCCUACAUUGUCGGCACCAACCCGCACAUCGAGCUCAUCUACAACAUGUACUGGAACGCCUUUGAGCGCUUCCGCACCUACCCGGAGAUCCAGACCAUCGAAGACAAUCACCGGUUCUGUGAGAUGCUGCAGUUCAUGCUGGACGCCCAUCUGGUCGUCAUCCCGCAGCUGGCCCUGGGCAUCGUCGAGAGCGCUGGCCACAUGUCCCGCACCGAAGCCGACCGCUUCAUGAAUGAGAUGCUGCGGAGUCGCAUCGGCCGACGGGUUCUCGCGGAGCAGCACAUUGCCCUGAGCUCGGCCUUUGAAGAGCAUGGCGCCACCAUCGAGCCGCAUCAGAUCGGCAUCAUCAACUCCAACUGCAAUGCCAAGGAGACGGUCGAGCGCUGCUCGGCGCUGGCUGCUCGCAUUUUCCGCGACGGCUACGGCAUCGAGCCGCCCAAGGUUGUCAUGGAUGGGCAUGUCGAUGCCACCUUCACGUACAUCCCGGACCACAUCGAGUACGUCAUCUACGAGCUCAUCAAGAACUCGAUGCAGUUCACCAUCGCCAAGCACGCCCCCGGCGGCCUCCCCGAGCCUACACCCGCCCUGCCCGAUAUCCGCGUCACUGUUGGCCAGAGCUACCACGACAUUGUCUUCCGCAUCUCGGACGAGGGCGGCGGCUUUGACAAGGACGUGUACGAGAACCUGUGGUCCUACAGCCAUGCCUCGAAGCGCAAGUUUCUGAACUUUGACAUGAUGCCCAAGCUGGCUGCCAAGAUGGACGAGCCCGUGCCGGUGACGCUGCAUCUGGGGCUGGGUCUGCCCAUGUCCAGGGUCUACGCCAAUUACUGGGGCGGCAGCAUCAACCUGCAGACCAUGUACGGAUACGGCACCGACGCCUACUUCAGAAUCGGUGUUGGCAACCAGAUGGAGCAUCUCAAGUUUGAGGAAGACAGCAACGUGAUGAGCAUUGGCAAGUGA